GUACCUUGGCGAUGUGAACGCUGAGAAGGACUCGGAUGCCGUCAUUCUUGCUAUGUGUGGGUUGCUGGGGUAGCGACAGUUGAUCAUCGUCAGCAUCUUAAUCUCUGGUUCGGGUAGACGAAGCCGAUGCUUAGAGUCCCGUCGGGGCGGAACAUUGUGGCUCGCUCGUCGGCCGCCCACCAGCGCAAGCGGUGGAGCAAGACCCCCUUUCACUUGUCCUAUGGUGAGAGGCAGGUCGACUUUGGCCAAAGCGGCGACGGACCAGAAUGCGGAAAAUGCCAAGCGGUAGGUCAGACUGCGGCCGAAGGGGAUGGCGGCUCCUGUGUGUCGUGUAGCGUGUCGUGUAAGCGCAUACCUUUGCACUUUCGUCGAGUCCAGAUUUAGAAUGCGAAACGGGGAAACAACUUACCAUCCUGAUGAAAGAGCCUCCAGAACUGGACAGCAAACUCUCUGGCCUGCUGUCUAUACCUCUCCGCCCUCACGGCAUCCCCGUAGCCAGCAAAGUAGACAUACAGAAUCUGCGCAAACUGCAUGGCGAAACUCCCAGGGUAGUAUUCGGCUUGGGACAUCUCGUCUCCCCACAGGCCGUUGCUGCUCCAGCCUUCGCCGAGGUAGAACGAGUCGAGCAUGGCAAAGUCGUCCACGACCUGUUGCGAGACUUCAUUCUCCGGGAUUCGCCGAGGACUCUGGUCAAGGCGAGGUUCGUGAAUAUGCGGAACCAGCGCCAGUUGUUGGCGGGCAUUUUCUUCCCGUUGAUCCCUCGGAGCCAGGCCACAAGAUGCCGAGGUCCCCGAGGGCCCGCACCACCAUGGCACUGGACCGGAAGUUGAACCUCUUCUCUGUUAGCGUUUAGUUUCAAACCGAGCAAAGAGCAAAUCUCAACUCAGAUUCCCACGUUUGCACUCUUCGCCAACCAAUCUCGCGGCCUCGCCACU